GGUCUAAUUCGGUAAAAUAGAUAAACAACCGAAAAAUAAAUCGAGAUAUAAACAAACCGGUGGUAAUCGUUCAUUUAGUAGUAAAAGCAAACCGGAGGAUAGACCCGGUGGUAAUAAGGAAACCCUAGGCGGUGGAAGUGAGUUGAAGAGUUAACAUUGUUGCGGCCGCUAAGAAUUGAUCCGGCGAGAAUGGCGAGCAGCAAUGAGUACGAGGAAGGUCCAGGGGAGAGGGAGAGUGGGUACGACCCGAAUAUGGUGCCGGAUUCGGUGAAAUCGUUCGUGUCACACAUGUACAGACACAUAAGGGACAAGAACGUGUACGAGAUCCACCAGAUGUGUGAGACAUCGUUCCAGAGCAUAUCGGAGCGUCUGUUCAAGGACACGCCGUGGCCAAGUGUGGAAGCGAUUGCUCCUUACGUAGACAACGACCAUGUGUUCUGUCUUCUGUACCGUGAGAUGUGGUUUCGACAUUUGUAUGCGAGGUUGUCUCCGACGUUGAAGCAGAGGAUUGAUUCUUAUGACAACUAUUGCAGCCUCUUUCAGGUUGUGUUGCACGGCGUAGUGAAUAUGCAGUUGCCGAACCAGUGGUUGUGGGAUAUGGUGGAUGAGUUUGUCUACCAGUUCCAAAGUUUCUGUCAAUUCAGAGCAAAGCUCAAGAACAAAACAGAGGAGGAGAUUGCAUUGCUCAGACAGCACGAUAAGGCCUGGAAUGUCUAUGGCGUGCUCAACUUCUUGCAAGCACUUGUGGAGAAGUCUUGUAUCAUCCAGAUCCUUGAGCAUGACAAGGAUGGCCUUGAGUUCACUGAGACUGAUGGCUACGAUUUCAGCGGUGGCAGCAACGUCUUGAAGGUCCUCGGUUACUUCAGCAUGGUCGGUCUCUUGCGUGUUCACUGCCUCCUCGGUGACUACCACACUGCUCUCAAAUGGUUGCAGCCCAUUGACAUCACUCAGCCAGGUGUUUACACCAGUGUCAUUGGUUGCCAUAUCGCUACUAUCUACCACUAUGGAUUUGCCACCCUUAUGUUGCGGAGGUAUGUCGAUGCUGUUCGUGAGUUCAACAAGAUUCUCCUCUACAUUUUCAAGACUAAGCAGUACCAUCAAAAGUCACCUCAGUACGAGCAAUUACUCAAGAAGAAUGAGCAGAUGUACGCUUUGCUUGCUCUCUCCCUCUCCCUCUGCCCUCAAACUAAACUCGUUGACGAGUCUGUCAACUCUCAGCUGCGAGACAAGUAUGGUGAAAAGAUGAUGAGGAUGCUGAGGUCUGACGACGAGGCCUUUGGUAUUUAUGAUGAGCUCUUCUCUUACGCAUGCCCCAAGUUUAUCACCCCUUCCGCACCACCAACUUUCGAGGAACCUCUUGUCAAUUACAAUCAGGAUGCAUACAGGCUUCAGCUGAAGAUGUUCCUUUACGAGGUAAAGCAGCAGCAGCUCUUGUCGGGAGUGCGGACUUUCCUGAAAGUCUACUCCUCCAUUUCUCUUGCUAAGCUCGCAAACUACAUGGAAGUUGAUGAGCCCACUCUAAGGACCAUAUUGUUAACAUACAAGCACAAGACCCAUUCAGUUGAUUCCGAUGGUAGGAUCAUCUCCAAUGCAGACAUUGAUUUCUUCAUCAACAACGACAUGAUCUACGUUGUCGAAUCAAAACCCGCAAAACGUUAUGGUGAUUUCUUCUUGCGGCAGAUUGCCAAGCUUGAAGGUGUGAUCAACGACAUGGAUCGUGUCAAGCUGGAAUGACGACUUUUCUGUGUUAUACCUAAUCAUCAAUGCCCAAUCUGAUAUGAUGCUUUCUCUUAUAAACCAUAUGUUUACUUAAAGCCAAACACUUUUUUGAGUAGCUGUCUUCAUGUGGUCAAAUGAUAACCAUAAAUCAUCUUUCUUAUGGAUUAUUGCUAGUUUUUUUUAUUGAGUAUGGCACUGAAGAUUAUAACCAAUCUCGAGUUUCUUUCGAAUUGCUAGUUCAAAAACAUUGAAAGUAUUCAAGGUUAUGAAAAUUUUAAGUCACCACUACUUGCCAACAGAAUGGUUUUAAAGUCAAAGUAGAAUAAAUUGCUAUUUGACUUUUAUGUAUCAUAGUAACUACAGGUCUGUUCUUCGUUCUUGCUGAUUACAGAAUACACAGGAGUUAAUCUUUUUCAUCAUCUUCCAAAACUAUUCGACGUAUACAUGGUGAUAAGUAUCAAGCCACCAAACUCUGAUUAACUUAUCGCCGAUCAAUGUACAAACCAAAGGAGACGCCUAACAUAUCAUCUUGGUUAGCUCAUCAUCUACCAUUCUCACGCAGAAGCUUCUACAUCAAUCAGCAUAAAGAAUCUCUAAACAAUGAGAUCAUCUAUAUAAGCAGCAAUCCCCACUUGCAUCUAUUGCAGAUAUUAUUCUUUUUCUUCUAGCAUCUCGUCACACGUGCAUAUUUCUCCCGCACAUGUGCUCUCUUAUCACAUGGUUCCCCUGCUGGAUUGCUUCACCUUCAAGUCAUACGAAUACGUUGUUUUCUUUUGAAACGUUGCGGCAACAAAGCAACCGUACGCUUGUGUCUCCCGGGGAUGUCUUCGAGCUUGGUGAUAAUAGGUUUUUAGGGUAUCAAUUCCUAAAACACUAUCAUAUCGUUGUAAUACUUAAGGUUGUCAAUCCAAUCUGGUGUGAUGCAAACAGAUGAGAUAUAAUCAGAAUUUACUAAGUCAAGCCAAGCAGAGAGUUGUCAGUUUCUAAUAAUCUUAAUGUCGAUUAACAUAAAUGAAAUGAAACUAAAAUGUGAAAUGGCAAUAGCAAGUAGAUGAAUAACAAAGCAGAUGAGAUAACAGACAAUCAAAUGGAUAAAAGAUUCCUAAGGAUGAAGUAAUCGAAUAGCGUGAUCUCCUUAAUCUAUUAAGAUGGUUGAUAAAACUUCACAUAAGUUAUCCCUACAACAAGUUCAGUAACAGAUUAAUUCACUACCGUGAUAGAAAUCCUCAAGUAAAGCUAGACACUGACCUAAUCACCAUUAGCGAUCUCUAACUAAGCAGGCAAUAUCAAAUCAACUUGUUAAAGCCAAUACACGCUCUAAAUGGCAAUUGCCUUGGGAUAUAGACGAGUAUCACUGCAAUUAGUAGAUCCGACAUUCCAUCGAACACUUUUUGAGUGCGGGAAUGUCAUGAUUCAUGUUCGAGUUGAUCAGAAAGAAACAAGCAAUAAGCGCAACUAAUCCAGAAGAGAUUCAAAUAUUCUAGACUCAACCAAUGAAAUUGGACAUGGUGGAUUUGGUAAAAGUCUAUAAGGACCGUUAAUAUUGAGAUUUUGAAAUGUGAAAAAGUAACCGUCAAUAUUGAAAAAGACGAUAAGAUUCGGAUUGAGAUUUUGUCAAAAAUAGUUUGAUUCGUGAAAGAUUUAAAUUCGAACGCAAAUUGUUUACCGGCCAAUUUAAAAUAUUUUUGAUUUUCAUUAAUUUUUAUGUUAAAUUUUAAAAUAGAAUAAUUAUAAUAAAAAUAAAAUUUUAAAUUUCUAGACACCAUAAACAAAUAUGUUAAUAAAAUUAUUUUUAUCCAAAAUUAUAAAACUAAUGUCAUAUAAUCUAAAGAUUAAUAAUCAA